CACAGAGCGCUCGGGGCCUGGCGCCUGGAUCCGCGCCGCACAGGGCGCUCGGGGCCGGCGCCCGGACCUGCGCCGCUGGCGGCCGGCACACGGAGCCGCACGGGCCCCUUGCGGUCGGCGCCCGGCCACGUCGCCGCACGCCCGCAUGGGGCGCUCGGGGCUGCCGCCCAGUGGCUCUCGGGGCUGCGGCGAGUGGGACAAGGGGUGGAGAAGUGUUGCUGAUUUUCCCCGAUUCAAAUGGAGCCUCCACGAUUCUUGAGCGAGAUUUUUCCCGAGGAUCACACCGAUCUUUUAUGGGUUCCCGAUGGGAUGGAUCCCAAUUCGUCCUACAGGCUGGCUGCCCGAGUAGGUGCUUAUGUGAAAUUUAAUGAUGAUGAUGGUCGUGAAUAUUGUGAAGCAUGUAACAUUCCUAAGGUUUUAGACAGGGAUAGUACAAAUUGGAAUGAUUUGCUGCUUGACAUUAGUGCAGAAAUUAAACUUGGCUCUAAACAUAAAUUACGUGUCACAUUUUGGGAUAAAAUGAGUUGUACUUAUGAAGAGAUCACUUCUGAUCAGAAAUUGCUUCAUGCAAUUGACAUGUAUUGGGAGUCAAGGAGGCUAUCUGUACAAGUCCGUGUUCUGAGAAAGGAUGAUUUAGAAGUCAUGCAUGAUGUUGGAUGGUUGGAGAGCAUGCCUUGUGUGUUGCAAGGAAGCACUGAUAUCCCAGCUAACCAAAUUAUUGCACAACCCCCACUUGAAAUAGCCUCAUCCCUUGUAGAGCCUUCUAUCCAUAACAACAAUGAAGUGCCAUGGGUGGAUGAUGAGGUAGAGUAUGUUGGUCUGGAUGAUGAGGACCCAGUUUCUGAUUCAUCCGACUCUGAACUAGAUGAUGAUGGUCUGAAUAGGGAGUAUGUUGGCUUGGAGGAUGAAUUAGUUGUGGAUGAUGCAUGGGGCUGUGAGAAUAUUGUCCAUGCAACUGACUUAGAGAAUCCAAGAAUAGAAGUUGGUAUAACUUUUGGGGAUGGCGAUACUUUUAAGAAAGCUAUAAGACAAUAUGCAAUAAAAGGUGAAUAUGAAAUUGCAGCUCCCUAUUCUGAGGCAACACGGUAUAGAGCCUAUUGCAAGGCUAAAGGGUGCAAGUGGCGGAUACAUGCGUCACGAUUGCAGGACGAGAGGACUUGGAAGAUAAAGAAGAUGCCUCAUGCUCACACUUGUCAAAGUACAGGAAAAGUUGAGAAGAACUGCAUGGCAACAAACCAUUGGGUCAAGGAUAGAGUUCGUGAUUGGCUUGCCAAAGAUGCUACAAUUGGGGCAAAAGCAUUGCAGAAAAGGCUAGAGGAGCAAUAUCACCUGCAGUUGUCAUAUUGGGUAGUGUGGGAUGGAAGAAAAAUGGCUUUGGAACAGCUGAAAGGGAAGUGGGAUGAUAGUUUUGAACAUGUUUGGAGUUUCAAGGCUGAGGUGGAGAAGACCAAUCCCGGCAGUUUGGUGGACAUUGAGUAUGAGCAAGUUGGGAAGAAAAUGAGAUUUACUAGAAUGUUUGUUGCAUUGAAAUCUUGUGUGGAUGGUUUUCUGGAUGGUUGCAGACCUUUUCUUGGUGUGGACUCCACCCAUUUGACUGGAAAAUGGAAGGGUCAACUUGCAUCUGCGACUGCUAUUGAUGGGAAUAAUUGGAUGUUCCCUGUCUGUUACGGCGUGUUUGGGUCAGAGACAACUGAAAAUUGGUCUUGGUUUUUCAGCAGACUUCAUCAAGCAAUUGGGUCACCUCCGGGAUUAGUGAUUUCAACAGAUGCUGGCAAAGGAAUUGAUUCUGCUGUUACUCAAGUGUUCAACAAUGGGGUUGAGCAUAGGGAGUGCAUGAGGCAUUUAGUUGCAAAUUUUCAGAAAAGAUUUCGAGGUGAGGUAUUUGAGAAGCACUUGUGGCCAGCAUGUAGAUCUUUUCAAAAGCACAGGUUUGAAGAGCACUACAAUCUGAUGUAUGAAGCAUGUCCUCAAGCCAUGAAAUGGAUACAUGAGAACCAUAAGCACCUUUGGACAAGGCACUUGUUUUCUGAAGCAAGCAAGUGUGACUAUGUAACAAAUAACAUUGCUGAAACAUUCAAUAGCUGGAUUAGGAAUGAAAAAUCAUUGAAUGUUGUUGAUCUCAUGGAUAGGAUAAGACAGCUAUGCAUGGAGAAAAUGUUCUUGAGAAGAAAAAUUGCUAGAAAGCUUGAAGGCAAGAUAUUACCUAAUGUCAUGAAGGACCUUAAUGCAAGGAGCAGGGGGCUGAAAUAUAUAUGGAGGUAUUCACACAAAGAUGGUGGUUCAAAUGCUGAAAUGUUAGGUGAAGUUGAAGGUGUCACUAGAGAUCUAGUUCAUUGGAGGCAUACUGUUGAUCUUCAAGAGCGAACAUGCACCUGUAGACGUUGGCAAGUUACUGGUCUACCAUGUACACAUGCCCUAUGCAUUAUUACCUCAAUUCGGGGUUAUAACAUAGAAGAUUAUGUUCAUGAUUACUACUCUGUGGCAAAGUUCAAGAAAGCCUAUGGAAAGUCUGUGAAGCCAAUGACAGAUAGGAACCAAUGGCCUCAAGUGGAUCUCGGGUUCAAGUUGUGGCCUCCAAUUCUAAAACGGGCAGCUGGCAGGCCAAGAAAGAGAAGGUUCAAAUCAGCUGCAGAAGGGGGCACUAAAAAAACCACAAAAUGUAGUAGGUGCAACCAGCUUGGACAUAUGGCAAAAACUUGCAAUGAAUAUGUUUAUGAUUCUGAUGCACCACCACCUGCCCCUCCAAAGCCAAAGAGAAAGAGAGGCAAGAAAAAUGUGACAGUAGUUCCAUCUAGUGCUUCUACACCACCUAGAGCCAUCACUAAUGCUUCUACAACGAGCCCUCAUGUCAAGGAGAUUGAUGGAAUUAGAACCAUCUACACCAACAAGGGCCAUCACUCCUGUUUCUUCUCCAAGUCCUAUGACAAGGGGCCGCAAGAGGAUGCUAUUUGA